GUGUUUUGGGCGGCUCGUGCAGACAAACAUCAGCUGAGUUCCGCCAGCCUGGCAUGAUUUAAACUCGUACGUUUACCGCAGCGAAUGUAUAACUACAUAACGCCUUUGUAGAGAGUAAACGUGCCCGCUGAGCCAUGUGGAUUACACCGGAGGAGGUGUUACUGGCGAACGCGCUGUGGGUUAGCGAGCGGGCGAAUCCCUAUUUCAUUCUGCAGCGGAGGAAGGGACACGGCAGAGGAGGCGGCAUCACGGGUUUGCUGGUGGGUACGUUGGACGUUGUGUUGGACUCUAGCGCUCGUGUGGCUCCGUACCGAAUUCUGCACCAGACGGGAGAGUCCCAGAUCUUUUGGAACAUCGCUUGUGGUUCGUCUCGUAAGGAGAUCACUGAGCACUGGGAGUGGCUCGAGUCCAAUCUACUCCAGACUCUUUCCAUCUUUGACAAUGAUGAUGACAUCACCACCUUCGUCAAGGGUAAAAUACAGGGCAUCAUCGCUGAGGACAAUAAGAGCGGCAAAGCUCAGGAAGACGAGGAUCCUGGAAAGUUUCGUGAAGCCGAGCUGAAGAUGCGGAAGUUGUUUGGAAUGCCAGAGGAGGAGAAGCUGGUGAACUAUUAUCCUUGCAGCUAUUGGAAGGGUAGAGUCCCACGACAGGGCUGGAUUUACCUGUCCAUCAAUCACCUGUGCUUCUACUCCUUCCUGCUUGGAAAAGAGGUUUCGUUAGUAAUUCAGUGGACAGACGUCACUCAGUUGGACAAGAACGCCACGCUGGUUUUUCCAGAGAGCAUCCGUGUGAGCACUCGGGACACUGAACAUUUCUUCUCAAUGUUCCUCAACAUCAACGAGACCUUCAAACUGAUGGAGCAGCUUGCCAACAUCGCUAUGAGACAGCUGUUGGACAAUGAGAGCUUCGCUGCAGAUCUCUCCCUCCCCAAACCCGGCAAGACCCUCAAAAACGUCUCCACGCUCAAAAGGGACUUGGAUGCCCGUGCAAAGAAUGAGCGAUACAGAAUGCUCUUCCGGCUCACACAGGACGAGCGUUUGGACGGACACACCGACUGCACGCUCUGGACACCGUUCGCUAAGAUGCACGUCGUUGGACAAAUGUUUGUGUCUAACAACUACAUCUGCUUUGCCAGUCGAGAGGAAGAUCUGUGCCAGCUUAUCAUUCCACUGAGAGAGGUCUCUAUAGUGGAGAAAGCAGACAGCAGCAGUGUUUUGCCCAGCCCACUGUCAAUCAGCACUAAAAACAAGAUGACCUUCCUGUUUGCCAAUCUUAAAGACAGAGACUUCCUGGUUCAGCGAAUAUCUGACUUCCUGCAGCGGACUCCUGACAGACCUUGUGGCCUAAAUGUCCAAUCGGAGACCCCCAGCCCGAGCACGCCACCCUCUCUUCCCCCAUCUCCUCCUGUUCUGGGGGCUGGAGAGUUACCCCAAAACAAACACUACAGCCCCAGUCUGCCCACCGCUAAGCAGGGCCUCCUGAGAAUCUACCAGCAGGACGUCCCAGAGGAGUUGGGGCCCAAAGUGACGAGAGAGAAGAUGAAAGAAGAAUCAUGGAACAUCCACUUUUUUGAGUUUGGACGUGGUGUGUGCAUGUACCGGACGUCUAAGACCCGAGAGCUGGUUCUGAAUGGGAUACCUGAAAGUUUGAGAGGAGAACUCUGGCUGCUCUUCUCAGGUGCUCAGAACGAGAUGGCCACGCACCCGGGUUAUUACGGCAGUUUGGUUGAGCAGGCGAUGGGUAAAUGCACCCUAGCGACGGAGGAGAUCGAAAGAGAUCUUCACCGCUCAAUGCCCGAGCACCACGCCUUCCAGAACGAGAUGGGCAUCGCCGCCCUGAGACGAGUCCUUACAGCCUAUGCGUACAGGAACCCGGGCAUUGGAUACUGCCAGGCGAUGAACAUUGUAACAUCAGUGUUGUUGUUGUAUUGUACUGAAGAGGAGGCGUUUUGGCUGCUUGUCUCUCUUUGUGAACGGAUGCUUCCUGAUUAUUACAACACUAGAGUUGUGGGGGCGUUGGUGGAUCAGGGUGUCUUUGAAGAGCUCACCCGUGAGUGUUUGCCGUUGCUAUACGAGCACAUGCAGGAGUUGGGCGUCAUCUCCACCAUCUCGCUGUCCUGGUUUCUCACACUCUUCCUGUCCGUCAUGCCUUUCGACAGUGCAGUGCUGCUGGUCGACUGUUUCUUCUACGAGGGCAUUAAAGUCAUUUUCCAGGUGUCCUUGGCUGUGCUGCAUGCUAAUAUGGAUCAACUGCUGUCCUGUUCAGAUGAAGGAGAAGCCAUGACUAUUCUGGGCAGAUAUUUGGACAAUGUUGUAAAUAAACAGACCGUUUCUCCGCCCAUUCCCCACCUUCACGCCCUGUUGACCAGCGGCAACAACCCCCCACCUGAGAUCGACGCCUUUGAACUCAUUAAAUCAUCCUAUGAGAAGUUUGGCAGUCUGCGUGCCGACGUUAUAGAGCAGAUGAGGUUUAAACAAAGGUUAAAGGUCAUUCAAUCGCUUGAAGACACGGCCAAGAGAAGUGUGGUACGAGCCAUCAUGACUGACUCUGCCUUCAGUAUUGAGGAGUUGGAAGAACUGUAUGUUCUGUUUAAGGCGAAACACAUCAUGAGCUGUUACUGGGGAUCGAGCAGCACCGCGGCGGAGCGUCACGACCCCAGUCUGCCGUAUCUGGAGCAGUACCGAAUUGACUGCAUUCAGUUCGUUCAGCUCUUCUCCGCUUUAGCGCCCUGGAGCUGUGGACUUCACACCAACACACUCGCUAGCAGACUCUUCCGCCUGCUCGACCAAAACAAAGACACUCUCAUCAACUUUAAAGAGUUUGUCACAGGACUCAGUGGUAUGUAUCAUGGAGACAUGACUGAAAAACUCAAACUUCUCUACAAACUUCACCUGCCUCCUGCAUUGUGUCCAGAAGAGGCGGAGUCAGCACUUGAGGCAACACAGUUCUUCACUGACGAUGACACACCACAGGAUCCUUCCUUCCUGUCUCAUCUGGACUUCCUGGCACAGGAAGUGACCUCAGGUGAGGAGCUGAAGGAGGCAGGAGACACAUCAACAGCUGGAGACACUGAUGACAAGAAAGAGGAGAAGCCAAAGGACUAUAAAUAUUAUCUGAGAAUGUGGGCCAAAGAAAAUGAGCCAAAGAAAGAGAGUAUUAAAGAUCUGCCCCGGAUGAAUCAGGAGCAGUUUAUUGAAAUGUGCAAGACGCUCUAUAACAUGUUCAGUGAACAUCACAUGGAGCAAGAGCUGUAUCAUGGCAUCGCCACCGUGGCUAGUCUCCUACUGCGAAUCGGAGAGGUUGGGAAGAAAUUCACCAACAACGGCAGUAAGAAAGCCGAACCGCAGCCGCCUGCCACAGAUGAAGUUGUACAGCCAGAGAGAGAAGAUUCGUCUGGGGAUGGUGGAUCAGGACAGUCCCUGGUCUGUAAGGCCUUGGCGGAGGCACAACUGGAAACGCCGCCUCCCACGGCGCCCAGCUCGGACGAAGACGCGAAAGACGACACGUCCGUAUCGUCAUACUCCAUGGUGAGCGCCGGUUCGCUGCAGUGCGAGGACAUCGCCGAAGACACCGUUCUGAUUGGCUGCUUAAAUGCAGUGGGCGGAGACGGGACGGAUCGGAGGAGGGGCAGCGCCCCGGAUGCCGAUUGGUCGAUCACGUUUGAGCAGGUGUUGGCAUCGUUUUUGACGGAAACAUCGCUGGUUGACUACUUUGAGAACAAACAUGAUAUACAGAGUAAAAUAACAGCAUGUAAAUUGCUAAGAGCGGUCGAGAGACAGACCAGUACAUCAAGCGAUCACGAUUUCUCUCUGUCCACACACUGACCGCAAACACACAUACAGACAUGAACACAUGCAUGAACACAGACACGCCGAUGCAAAAGCAUAACUGUAGGUAUGUCGAGACUAACACGUAAGAUAUUAUCCAUAGGAGUUUGAUACUUCUAGUCUGUGUCAUAGUCUACAAAUGGUGUUACAAUCCUUAGCCAGGCGCUUUCUAUACCAGUUAACCGCUCAAGUUUUAGAUGUAAUGACCAUGUUUCACCGAAGUGUCCAGUUUUGAUGGAUUUCCUCUUUUGAAAACGUCAACUAGAGUUCUGGAAAUGUGGAUCAUAGGAUUAAAUACAUAGGCAUCUGAGUUUACCAAAUUAUAUGUAUCUAUAGUAACCGCUUUAGCCUCGAAACGUCACACUAAAUAUUUGAUUUGCACACUCGUCCCAGGUUGGAUUGAAGAGAGAACCUCACACUAAUGUGUAUGUCACUAAUGCUUUCUUGCACGCAUGCUAUAGCUGAAUAUAAUCGGUGUAUUUGGCAGUAAGAAGUGUCCUUUAGGUGAAUGUGAAGAGUCCAUCUUGUAGACUCACUUUAAAACUGGUUUCCUGUGUCCUUACCCCCAUUUGGAUAGAAAAACAAUCAUCUCUGCACACUCUGCUUUGGCUCAAAUCCCUUACCAAGUAGUCGUUUACCUGCGCACUGAUAAAAACAAUAGCUUUACUGUUUCUAAGUUGGCCAUUGCCUUACUGAAAUGAUCAGACACUUACCGCUCAUGUUGGCUGGUCACAGCCUUGUUUAUCGUAACAUUUGUUAACCAGAAUCGACAUAAACGUUACUGCAGUGGGUCUAGCUUUUCUUUGCGUUAAUAUAUCCUUUACCACGUAAAGCAGGGCUCGUUUCGGUUUAUUCUAAAAAAAUUAAUAAAAUGGAUUUCUUUACCUCUAGAGUAAGCAAGUACAAUCAUUGUGCCUUUUUCAUGAAACGCAUGCAGAUUGACUUUGUGUAAAUACUUACGUUCUCAAGCUAAUUAUUGCAUUACAUGCUCAAAAAAUGUGUGUACAUUUUUACGUAAAUUGAUGCGUUGAAUUCAAAACACCAAUUGUGAAAAUGCCUUGCACAAAUUGUAGCAUAGAAUUCAAAAGGGCAUUUGAAUGCAUUGAAUUAAAAACGGCAAUUGUGGAAAGGUUUUGCGCAAAUUGACGCAUUGAAUUCAAAACAGUAUUAGUAAAAACAUUUGACAUAAAUUGAUGCAUUGAAUUCAAAACGGCAUUUGUAAAAACAUUUUUACGUAGUCGCAUUGAAUUCAAAAUACCAAUUGUUAAAAAAAAAUUCAGUUGUGGCAUUGAAUUAAACACGGAACUCGUAAAAAGUUGAUUAUUGUAUUGAAUUAAAAAUGCUAUUCAUACAAACCUUUAUGUAAAUUGCUGUUUAAAAUUCUAAAUGGCAUUCGUAAAACAAAUUGCGCAAAUUGAAUAAUUUUUUUAAUUCAAAACAGAAUUCGUAAAAAUAUUUUUACAUAAAUUGAAGCGUUUAAAACAGCAUUCGUAAAAACAUUACAUAAAUUGAUGCAUUGAAUUAUAAAACGGCAUUAUUAAAACAUUUGCGUUAAUUGAUGCAUUUAAAACGACAUUCGUAAAAAUAAAUAUUUACGUAAAUUGAUGCAUUCAAUUCAAAACACCAAUUGUGAAAAUGCCUUGCACAAAUUGACGCAUUGAAUUAAAAAAACGGCAUUAUUAAAAAAUAUUUGCGAAAAUUGAUGCAUUCAAUUCAAAACGGCUAUUGAAUUUUUUUUACAUAAAAUGAAGCAUAGAAUUCAAAAGGGCAUUCGAAUGCAUUGAAUUAAAAACGGCAAUUGUGGAAAGGUUUUGCGCAAAUUGACGCAUUGAAUUAAAACCAGUAUUAAUAAAAAAAAAAUUUAAAUUGACGCAUUGAAUUCAAAACGGCAUUAGAAAAAAACACAUUGACGCACUGAAUUCAAAACUGUAAUAGUAAAAACAUUUGACAUAAAUUGAUGCAUUGAAUUCAAAACGGCAUUCGUAAUUUAUUUUAUUUACAUAAAUUGACACGUUUAAAACAGCAUUCGUAAAAACAUUUUUACAUAAAUUGACGCGUUUAAAGCUGCAUUCGUAAAAACAUUACAGAAAUUAAUGCAUUGAAUUCAAAACGGCAUUCGUAAAAAUACAUUCAUAUAAAUUGACUCAUUCAAUUCAAAAGACCAUUCAAAAAUUAUUUUUACGUUAAAUUUAAAACGCAUUCGUAAAAACGAAUUGGUAAAACCAUUCUUGCAGACAUUUUUGAAGAGAAAAAAAUUCUUAGGAAUGGUUUCCAAAUUAUGUACACUCGUGUUUCAUGAAUUCCCAUCGUGUUCCCAUUUUGAGUUUUUUGUAACUAUUUGUUAAAGUUGCAAACUAUUUCCAGUUCUUUAUAGCUAUGCUUUUUUUGUAUAAAGUGAAGAUGAGAAAAACUCCACAAUGUAAAAACUCAAGAAUACUAGAACUCUUAGCCAGACCAGUGAGUGUUUCACAAUUACAAGAA